CUUCCGCUCUGUUCAUUCAUGCCAUCUCAUCUCCCUUCCACGUUGUUAUUAGUCACCUCCCCUAACAGUUGGGACUUUGUGGGACUUUGUGGUUUUCUCUUUAUGUACCUGGAACUCUAGCAAGCGUCUCACUGUCUCUUCGCCGCAAUCCAUCACCCACAGGCUGAAACUCGCUGUUCUCUGUUUACAUUUGCAUUUGCAUUUGCCCUCCAAAAAGUCCCCAGUCACUGUAAUCAUGCAAGAAUCCUCGGAAGACACAACUCGUCAAAGCCCAAUGGAGGCAGACCCUGAGGAGGACCCUACCCUGGGCAUGGAUGAUGACGCUAUGUCCACUGCAUCAUUGACUUCAAGUAUACGUGCCUUUGAGAUGGAAAAUGGAAGAACAUACCACGCCCUCAGUGCAGGAAAGUACAUCCUACCCAACGACGAGGCCGAGAAUGAAAGACUUGACAUGCAACAUGCCCACUUCGUCGCUACUUUCAACGGAAGGACGCACUUCUCCCCUGGUGCCGAGACUGCUCAAAGGGUCCUCGAUGUUGGCACAGGAACCGGUAUAUGGGCCAUCCAGUUCGCUGAUGAACACCCGGCCGCACAGGUCACUGGCGUCGACCUGAGUCCCAUCCAACCCGACUUUUUACCACCCAAUUGUUCAUUUGAAAUGGAUGAUAUCGAACAAGCUUGGACGUGGACCUACCCGUUUGACUAUAUUUUCUCGAGAAUGAUGGUGGGCAGCUUCGCUGACUGGGAUGGCUUUGUUGCCAAAGCAUACGAAAACCUGGCUCCUGGCGGAUGGCUUGAACUUCAAGAUUGCAUCUUUCCACUGGGAACAGACGAUGGCACCUUUCACGAGGGCCAGCCAAUCCACGAAUGGUCCUCCCUUCUUCUCUCAGCGAGUGAAAAGUUCGGGCGAUCCCUUGGCGCCGCUGCUCACCAUCCCGAUCGUCUAGCUGCAGCUGGCUUUAUGAACAUAACAAUCCGACACUACAAAUGGCCCACCAAUCGUUGGCCGAAGGACAAGAGGCACAAGCUCGUGGGCCUGUGGACGCUGGCCAACAUUGGUGGUGGGUUGGAAGGCCUCAGCAUGGCCUUGCUGUCCAGAGGUCAUGGUUGGAGCAGAGAACAAGUCCUAGCCUACCUCACCGAUAUUCGAAAAGACCUGCACAAUACCGCCAUUCAUGCAUAUUGGCCUAUCAUUGUCGUAUGUGGCCAAAAGCCAAAAUCGUCGUCCUCUCCCAGAUGAGAGUCAUCAUCCGCCGUCUGAGGUGAAAAUGGCGAUAACCACUUACCUGCGCAGAUCCAAGGAGGAAGUCAUGUGUCUUCCUCGAUCAUCCUAUCCGCCUUUGAGCCAUGGUCCGAGCCAGACGCAGAGCUGAACCUAGAUCAUCCUCCAAGUCAGAACCGACAUCCAAUCCAGGGUCUAAGUGACUCUAGAUCAACUCGGUCGCGCCGAGUCAUGAAACCACGGUGUCACGAGUCUUACGAACUGUCGACAUGUGACAAUUCAUCCUCAUCAAUGACACAAGGCUAUUGGAGCCUUCAUGAACGGCUCUUAUUAUAGUGUACAGCAGGCUCUCCGUCGUUUAUAUCGCCGCCAGGGCAUACCUGCACGAUGGAUACCAUGAAAGAUCGACUCUCCAAAUAAUGAUCCUCACCCGCGUCCCAACAGAGGAGGAAGAGUACAUCUUCAAAAUUUAGAGAACAUUCUGAAAAGAGAGGAGAGGAGGAAACAGCCUCAGGAGAGAUGCCUGUGCGUCAUUGCUGGAGUGCCCUCAAAGGCUUUGAUUGAAGGCGCUGUAUCAUCGAAGCAAGUCAAGCCUGCUCACGAACUGAACCUUGCCCCUGCACUAGUAUCGUCCAUGUCAUGUUCGCAGUACGAGGAUGUUCUCUCCUACACCUAUAAGGACCACGAGCCAUAUAUCAGGGUGAUCAACAAAUCAAAGAUGAUCUAGUCCAUAGAGAUGCACACUUUCAAUGAAUGAUGGCCAGGAGAGGGUUGUCACCGACUCACCAUGUUUACAUCCUCGUCCCGACUUGGGCUUAACAAGCACACACGAUUGUACUGCUUCUACUGCUUCUACUGCUUUUAUACUGAGA